CGACCGCGGCCGCUCCCUGCCCGCCGCGCUGCCGCUCUGCCCCGGCACGGCCGGCAGGUAGGAGCCGGCCCGAGAGGAGAGAGGGACGGGGCGGAGGGCCCGGAGGACAUGGAACAAUUAAAUAACACUACGAGCACCUGUCAGUCAAGAUAAAUGAAGGCAAACGGCUGUGACUACUAAAUUAAAAUCUCUGUUGGAGAGGAAUGGGAAAUGAUGCAGAACAACAGUGGCAUUGGAAGAAAAGGCUCAUAUGAAGACCAGAAGACUGAUUUGAAUUGGCAAGGCAACCCAAAUCCCAGUCCGCUGAUUAAAGAUGAUGGAGAGCUGCUUAUGGAUGAACAUCUUUCCCCCAGGAAACUGAAAAUUUUGGCAGGGGUAGAUGACCUGCAGCAAGUGAAGGCCCUAGAGAUGCGAGUAGACACCAGAGAGAUCAGCUUGGGGAACUUUGGUGUGCAUCUGCCUAAUCUGAGAGAGUUGAAGUUGAACAAUAGCUUGCUUGCAUCUGUGAGGGAUCUUGGAACCUCAUUGUCCCAUCUCCGUGUCCUGUGGAUGGCUCGGUGUGGGCUCUCAGAUUUAGAUGGGAUCUCUUCCUGCAGCUCUCUGAAAGAACUCUACAUUGCUUAUAACAAUAUCUCUGACCUGAGCCAGCUGACCUGGCUGGAUCACCUUGAGGUUUUGGACCUGGAAGGGAACAACAUUGAGGACAUCAACCAGAUGCAGUACCUGCGACUUUGUUGCAAGCUAAGCCACGUGACAGUAGAGGGCAACUUUAUUUGCCUGAAGCCAAAUGCAGAAUCUACAGAGGACCCAGACUAUAAUUACAGAGCAGAAGUAAAAAAACUCAUUCCCCACUUGAAGUAUUUGGACAGAAUACCAACAAGCCAGACUGCUCUCCUUCCUUCCAAGAAGAUGCAUGAGGAUUCUCUAAUCAUCAAGGAAUCCAUCAAGGAAGGUGGUUUAGCCAAAGACAUUUCAUGGUUAGAUGCGCAUCUUGGGGAAGUAGCAAAACAGUCUGGAUGCAGCCCAAAACCCCCAACAACUUCCAGAGCUGGAAAUGCACAGUGUUCUGCAGAUGUAGGGACGUGUAGUGAUGCCAGCCUCUUGUCCGGUAGCAGUUCUCUUCCAGAGCCUGCUGUUUUUCCUGAUAAGCUGUUCACAGAAGAUGACUCCAGUGAUUUGACACAUGGAAUCCGUCAGAUUAUAUGUGGGAACCCCGCCAAGGGCCUCCAUGCGAGAAGGCAAAAGCUAGGUCCACCUGCUCUGACGACAGAAAACCUUUGUAGCUCUGGAGGAGGAAGUGAUCUGCAGCAGGAAAAGGUGUCCCCUGACCUGGGAGCAUGGAUGGAGCAGCACAAGGGGUGCCUGCAAACAGAUCAGCAAGAACAAACCAGCCAAGCUCAGAAGGUGAAUGAGGGUAAAGACUGGAGCCUGACUGACAGCUCAGAAGAUAAGUUGAGAGAGGCCUGUGAUGAGGACCUCAUGGAAAGGAUUUCACUUGACCCUUCUUCCCACUCCUUCUCAGGCUCACCACAGGCUCAGGAGGGUGCAGUGUUCUCCAACACAAAACGUUGUCUAAUUCCAUCACCUCCGAAAAACCCUUCACCUGCCUCUGCAGUGAAUGUUGCAGCAAAACCCUGGAAAACAAGGAACCACAGGGGCCUAAAAAUACCCAGCCAAGAGGAGGACAGGCAGUGUACACAGCAACGCCAGUCAAAGUCUCAUCAAGAGAAUUCAGCCCAGCCUGUGGGCAAAGAACCUGCUCUCCUGAGCUUGCACAGCACGCUGGCUGCCUUGGGACCCCAAGGGCAGCACCAGCCUGUGGGCUACACCCACCAGCAAAGGCCCAUUCCAUGGCCAGCAGCUGCUGGGUCACCAAGGAUCAGGCCCAUCGUGGAUGAGAGCUUUUCUAAAGAGAUCAACCACAAGCAUCCAGCUGCCUGCUCAUCCACAAAAGCUUCUCAGAGGUUUAGGCCAAUGAAUUCUGCUUGGCCCCUGACAGCCAGGUCCAUUCUGCAGUCACUGCCAAACAAGUUCACUGCCACAAAAACAUCUCAGAACAGAAGUCCUCAGUCCUAGAAGAUUCCAGUUGCCAGCGUGUUGGAGCUGUGUACACAGUGUGGCCAUGAAGGAUCAGUGCUAUCUUGCAGCUUCUUCUGCAAGCUAAAUACAGAGCAGUUCAAACAAGUAAUAUGAUUUGCCUCAAUUCAGGAUACAGCUGGUCCAGAAAUAUUUUAAGAGCAACCACUAAUUUUACUGAAAUAUUUUAAGAGCAACCAAUGAGCUAAUGAACUUCUUAUUACAGAAAAAUGUGGUUAUUUUUGCAACUUAUCCACACUAAAACAGAACAAAUCCUAUCAUACUUCCUCUCAUCCUCACCAUGCCCAGCUCUGUGAGUCAGGCAGGGACACCAAACAAAGUAGAGCAUGGAGUCUGCUGUCUGUGGAGUAGGCUGGUGGAGGUGACCUACCAGCAGCCAGCAAUGUCUUUUGCAGUCCUGGAUGUUUAAUGUGUGAGGGCAAAAACCAAGGGCUUGAGAGGAAGUGUUGACCAGAGCAGGUUCUAAGGGAGGGGUGCGCUGCCUGAGGAAGAGCCCAGGAAGGCUGGGUGGUUUCAGAGUUCAUGCCCCACAGGAGCUCAUCCUAUUCACAGGCACUGGAAGUUCUUGUAGGAUGCAUUGCUAUGGGAGAAAAUGCUGAAUAAGUGGCCUAUCCCAAUAUUUACAUGUUUGUUUGCUCCAUAGCUACCAGGAAUGAUUUGUCUCACUUCCUCUGAAUAGACAUCGCAUUCCAGAAUUUCCCUAGCAGAGCUGACUUCUGUCAGCAGGUGUCAGAGCAUCCUCUGCAUGUGCCUUUCACCUCCAUCCCAUUUCUAGCAUUUUCAGAUCAAAUAGACUCUCCGAUUUAUUAUAAUUUGAUAAUUUUAAGUGAUGAUGCAGCAAAGCAGGGGAGUAAGGGAAUAAUCUCUUUAUUUUUCAACAGGGCAUUUGCUUCAUGUUCAAAUAACAUCCAAAACAUCUGUCUUAGUGACUGCAGUCUGUGAGAUGCUGUUCCAAAUGACUGUGCCUUACAACUUUAUUGAUGUUACAUUCUGAAACCAAGCGUCAUCACAUUUUUUCCAGUUUAAAUUACUAGGUUAAAUUACAUUUUUUAAAUCACUUUAUAAAACAGUAAUUACAUUAUGAGUUAAUGAAUUGGUUUAUGCUUCCUUUCUGCUGUCCAUCUUCAAAAAGCAGAAUAAUAGAAAAAGCUCUAAAACUUCCUUUUGUCAUGGUGCUCCUCGCACCACUUUAUCUUACAAAACAGUCUAGAGCUUGAACCAAGUUUGCCCAGUUUUGGUGUGCCCUAGCAGAAAUCAUCUAUCAAAAUUAAUUUAAAACUAUGUGAUAUGUGAUUUUAUGAAUACUAUGGAUGCAAGCAGGGUUUCACCCAGCAACAGUGCCUGUGUCCUUAAAUAGACUCCAAAAUUUGACUUUUGGCCAGUGUCACUGACUGUACCAUCACACACAGAAAAAGCUGGCCUUGUAAAAGAAAGAAGACACUGACAGCAGUGACCCUUCUUUAUAUCCAGGGUCAUACCAGGGGGUGAUGGGUAGGACUGUCUUCUCCAGAUAUUCAGAGCCUCCCUCUCAAUCAAUAUCUUUCAUUUCAAAGGGGUGGAGGGGAAAAAAAGAUCAGUGUAUGUAUAAACUGGGUCUGGGCAUGAGCAUCUGCAGAGACAAAACUCUUGGUACAGAUCUGGAAAGUCUCUCAAAAGCAUCUGUGGUCUCACCUCGCAGCAAACUCCACUUGGCUCCGUAUGUGCACAGAGCAAGAAGCUUCUCUGAGCUGGCAGAGAGGAUGUGGAGAAAUGGUCAGAAAAAAACCAGUUCUGCCCUCGUGUGUGGGAAAUUAGUGCCUGAGGGCUUCAUCAAAACCAUUUAACUCAGGGUUUCCCGUUGUUCCUCCCCAUCAGGCACCCCAGUGGUAACCCUCAGAGCUGCAGGCUCUGUGUGACCUUCAGAACAGCCACUCCAGCCCUCAUUAAGCAUCUCUGCCCCACUAGUGGCCUAACCAAGGCAGUCACAUGCUGCAUGGUGGUGUGGCAUGUUCAGAGGGGCAGAUGUACAGUCUACCUGUUGAUCACUGGGUCAGCUGGUGGCACCAGCCCCUCAGGUGUGGAUAUAUCCAUAGGGAUGGACAUAUCAGACGUCCUGGAUGCCACCUGCUCUUGUGUCUGUGGGGAUUUAGUGUCCAGAACUGAGGGGCCAGCCUGUCAUGUGUGGAACAGCAGACAGGCUUGCUAAGAGGGCAACUUUGUGAUCACAGCCCAGUCUGAUGGGGAAGAAGGGCUGGUAGCCUCCUCUAUUCUCUUUGCCAGUAGUGGGUGCACCUCAGGGUUUCCCAGGGCUGCCAUGCUGUUGUCUGUUGCAGUUUCCAGAACAAGGAAAAUAAACAGGACCAUUACUGUCUGGACAGCUA